AUGUCUCUCUUUUUUCUUAUGAACACUCAAAAACAAUGUCUAACGUUUUGAACAAUAAACACAAUCCAAAGCAAAACAACAUUCAUAGACGAAGAAGACACAGCACCUCCAUACAUCAUCUUUGUGAUAAAACUCUUAGAAAAAGCAAAACAACAACAACAACAACAAAGAACAGCUUUAACCCAUGACUGCUGUUCUAUUUCUUUGCCUCCUCCUCCUCUGUUUCUCCUUCACCCCUUCUCUGCAACACGUCAGCGAGUCUGAGCCGCUAAUGCGGUUCAAAACCUCGGUGAAUAUAACCAAAGGGGACCUGAAUUCAUGGAGAACUGGAACCGACCCUUGCAACGGCAAAUGGUUUGGGAUCUACUGCCAAAAGGGUCAAACAGUCUCCGGCAUCCACGUCACCAAGCUCGGUCUCUCCGGGACCAUCCACAUAGACGAUCUAAAGGAUCUCCCAAACCUGAGGACAGUCAGGCUCGACAAUAACCUUCUCUCGGGCCCACUCCCUCCUUUCUUCAAGCUCCGCGGCCUGAGAUCGCUCUUGCUGUCAAACAACACCUUCUCCGGAGAGAUCGCUGAUGAUUUCUUCAAGGAUAUGACACAGCUCAAGCGCGUGUUUCUAGACCACAACGAGUUCACCGGGAAAAUCCCCGCGUCCGUGAUGCAACUCACGGGCCUCGAGGAGCUUCACCUGCAAGGCAACCAGUUCUCAGGCGAGAUACCUUUGCUUUCGGAUGGUAACAAGAGUCUUAAAUCCCUAGACCUCUCAAACAACAACCUGGAGGGAGAGAUCCCGAAGAGCAUAGCAGAAAGAAAUAUCGCGAAGAUGAACUUCCAAGGGAACCAGAAGCUUUGCGGACAGCCGCUGGAUACCAAAUGCGAUGGUAACCAACAAACGUUAGGAAAAGACCCUAACGACGUGGACGGGGCCGGGAAAGCCGUCUUCAUGGUCAUUCUUUUCCUCUUGAUAUUCUUGAUCCUGGUGGCGAUUAUAACGAGAUGGAAUAAGAAGAGGCAGCCCGAGUUCAGGAUGCUCAGCAAGGACCACCUAAGCGACAACGAGAGCGUGGAAGUGCGCAUGCCGGUCUCGGUGAAGAAGCCUGCCGAGGGAAGCAGUAAGAAGCGGAGUAGUAGUAGUAACGCGGACGGAUCCUCUAAAAAAGGUUCAACGAAAGGUGGUGGAGGAGGAGGAGGAGGAGGAGGCAUGGGAGACAUUAUAAUGGUGAACAGCGAGAAAGGAUCCUUUGGUUUGCCCGAUCUCAUGAAGGCUGCGGCCGAGGUGCUAGGCAACGGUAGCCUCGGGUCGGCCUAUAAGGCCGCCAUGGCCAACGGAUUAUCCGUGGUUGUAAAGCGGAUUAGGGAUAUGAACAAGCUGCCACGCGAUGCGUUCGAUGUCGAGCUACGACGUUUGGGGAAACUACGACAUCCUAACGUUCUUACCCCUUUGGCUUAUCAUUACCGUCGCGAAGAGAAGCUUGUCGUCUCCGAAUACAUGCCUAAAAGCAGCCUCCUCUACGUUUUGCACGGAGAUAGAGGGACUAUUCAUUCCGAGCUAACUUGGUCAACAAGGCUAAAGAUUAUACAAGGAGUUGCACUAGGGAUGCAGUUCUUGCACGAAGAGUUCGCAUCCUACGAACUCCCCCAUGGAAACCUCAAGUCCAGUAACGUUCUACUAAGCGAAACCUACGAGCCACUGAUCAGCGAUUACGCGUUCCUCCCGCUUCUUCAGCCCGACAGCGCCUCGCAGGCGUUGUUCGCUUUUAAAUCCCCCGAGUUCGCUCAAAGCCAGCAGGUUUCGCCGAAAUCUGAUGUGUACUGCCUCGGAGUCGUCCUCUUAGAGGUCAUGACCGGGAAGUUCCCUUCGCAGUACCUAAGCAACGGUAAAGGCGGGACGGAUAUCAUCGAAUGGGUGCAGUCUUCGGUUGCGCAGGGUAAAGAAGAAGAGCUUAUUGAUCCGGAGAUAUCGAGUAGUGCUGAUUCGUUGCAACAGAUGGUGGAAUUGGUGCGGAUCGGCGCUGCUUGUAUCGCAAGUAAUCCAGAUGAGAGGGAAAACUUGAAAGAAAUUGUUAAGAGGAUAGAACGAGUAACGAUUUGACGAGACUUUUUAAAGAGAGAGAGAGUUAUAAAAAGCCUUCGGAAUCUUUAGAUGAACAAACGUAAGAGGCAAGGUAUGUUGUAUAAAUAGGAGUGAAGAUCAUUUUGUUCUUAACCACAAAAAUCAUAUUUUGUGUGUUCAUUAGGAAGAGGUCAAGAGAGAAUGCCCACCUUUUUCUUCCUUUUUAUUUGUUUCAUAGAACUUUUUCCCCUUUUUCUUUGUUAGAGUCGUUUAUUUUUCAAGGA